AUGGGACCUGCAUAUUCUCAUGCCCCUCCUGUGAAUGACUUUGAGCAGAGAUCAGCGGGAAAGCGGAGCUCGGCCUCGUCUGGCAUCUCCGAGAGCGACAGGCCCUGCAUUCUGAUGACAGCCAGGGUUGGGGCUAAGAGAAGGGAGAAAGAGAGGGAGCAGGGGAAUGGAGUGGAGUGGGAGGAGGUGGAGUGGAGAGUGGAGUGGAGUGAAGGGGUUCCUCCCCAGGCCGGCACCUCUGAGCUGGAGGUGAUCUCCCAGCAGGUGGAGGAGGACAACCAGUGCGUGGCCCCAGUUCAGCUGGUCAGCUUCGCCUACAGAGACUUGCCUUUGGCCGCCCUGGACAUAUCCCUCGCUGGAUCCCAGCUCAUCUCGAAUCCAGAUGAAGAGGACAACAGAGAGGGGUCGAACUGGCUGAAGCCAUGCUGUGGGCGGAGGGCAGCGCUGUGGCAGGUCUGCCUGCUGUCGGCGGGCUUCAACUGUUUCCUGGUGGCCUGUGUCAUUCUGGUGGUGCUGCUGCUGACGCUGGAGCUGCUCAUAGACACCAAGCUGUUGCAGUUUAAUAAUGCAUUCCAGUUUGCCAGCAUCAUCCACUGGAUCAGCCUGGCUAUUCUCUCCGUUUUCUUCACCGAGACGGUGUUCAGGAUCGUGGUGUUGGGGAUAUGGGAUUACAUAGAGAACAAAGUAGAGGUGUUUGAUGGAGCUGUCAUUGUCCUUUCUCUGGCCCCCAUGGUGGCCUCCACAGUGGCCAACGGCCCCAGCAGCCCCUGGGACGCUAUCGGUCUCAUCAUCACACUGCGCAUCUGGAGGGUCAAGAGGAUCAUUGAUGCAUAUGUGCUGCAAGUGAAGGUGGAGAUGGAGCUGGAGAUCCAGCAGUAUGAGAAGGCCAAGGCGGUGAGGGAGGAACAACUUGACCGGCUCACCCAGAUCUGCCAGGAACAGGCAUUUGAAAUCAGGCAGCUCAGGGCCCACCUGGCCCAGCAGGACCUGGAUCUGGUAGCAGAGCGUGAAGCAGCCAUGCAGAUCCACCAUAUGUGGGGUAAACAGAGCAGCAGUUUUCAGGAGGUGGACGGACUGGCCCCUGGGGCCUCGGAGCAUCACGGGCCAGCUAAAGCUAGAGAGCCUGGGGGGCCUGCAGAUCACCAUGGUCAAGAUGACAUGAACAACUACAUCAGCCAGUACUACAGUGAGCCAAGCAGUGAUAUGGGGAUCCCAGACCCUGCACGUGUCAUCACCACAGCAGCCAUAGACGUGCACCUGCCUAACAACCCCAGCCAGCUUCCCUCCUCUCUGGUGAGUGCCGACGCGGUGACGUCCGGCCGCUUGCAGCGCACCGGCAGCUCGGUCAGCGAAGCCUCCACCACCACAGUGUCCCGCACCAGCUUCAGCGCCCGCCAGCACAGCAUCAGCAGCCACACGCUGGGCUCCACCACGGACUGCAGCUCCACGGUGCGUGAGGCCUCCACCUCCACAGAUUACAGCGACCAACGCUGCUACCCUCCGCCCUACAGCAGCCCUCUAGCCCUGGGCACUCAGCCGCGAGGGAGUCCCAGCGCCGUGGUGCAGGAGCUGCUCUCCUCUCUGUCCGAGGACUCCUGCCUGGCCCAGAAGGGCCUGGACCCCGUCAACCUGAAACCGCCCAGCCCAGCCGGUUCCACCAAGACCAGCCCUGAGCUGGAGCACAGGGUCAACAUCUACAACAAGAGGAACCAGGAGAGCAGAGUUGGGCUGCACUCUAAGCCUCUCAUCCACCUGCAGGGCAACGAGCCUCUUCUAGAGGAGAAGUACAGGAUGAUGGAGCCAGUAGACGCUCCAGUAAACCGUCUGUCAGAAACAUAAGACCCUGCCUGACAUGUGGAUCGGCACAGGACUCGCUCUUCAGAUCAACCGCAAAAAUUAACGCUCUACUAAACUCCGGUGUUGUUGGGAGGCACUGGCACAUAAACUGUAUGUCUGUCAUCCUCUUUGUACUGUUGGGACUGAGAGGAUGAACUCACCAGAGCAGCACAAAAACAGAGGGUAAGGAAGACUGGAGGAGGCAGACUUGUCAUCAGGCACCACUUAUCAGGAAAUGACAUUCACACAAACAUUUUUUGAGUUUUCUGAAAAAUUUUACCAAAAGAAACCAGCAACAGGGCUCGAGCCCAAAACGUUCAGACAACUGGUCUGUGCAGAAAAAACAUCUGGCUUUUGAUAUGUUAAGUUGUGGUUUGAUUGGGAAGUGAGACCGGUGAGGGGACGGUGCUCAGGGCUUAGUUCCUCUGAUACACUUUGUAGGAACUCACUGGACUGAUAAGAUCAUGUAUUGGAGGGCCACGAACUGAAACACUUCUCGCAAGCUACGAGGCAUGGAUUUUAUCACAAGUGCAGGUGUAUCAGCUGUUUUGAUAGUCAGUCUAAUGUCUCCAAACUCACAAAGAACAGUCCUCUUUGAUGGGGCUGCUGCAGGGUACACUGGAUCAGUCUCGACUCCUUUCUAAUCUUUGUCUUUCUAUAUUAGCAAUGUUGAAAUUUUUAUCUAAAUUCUAUGAGAGGAAAGAGCGUGGAAACCUUUUGACUGGUGGACGUUCCAGGUGCCAUGACUGGAAUCUGAACAAACCCAGCUGAGACAGUGCUUACAGAGAUUUUGCAGACUACAGCAUGACCCUCGUGCACAGAAUCGAUUAAAAACCCACCUGCACAUGAUCGAUUUGACAUCAUCCAGGUCUAAAAUGUUACCUUUUUAUGAUUUUAAUGUUUGGAAGCUGUGUAAAUAUUUCAGGAUGGGUUUGAUCAUCAUAUCACAGCCAAAAAAGUAGUGAGGGAAUUGAAGUGGAGCUAUAAUAAAAUGUUAAAAAGAAAAUUAUAGCAUGAACCUUUUAAGAUUUGCCUCUUGAAUAUCGAAACUAACCCUGUUUAUUGUACUGUCAACAGGCAUUUUCUAUCUUGAAUAUGUAAAGAGGGCAUUGCAAAAUGAAUCCAAUAAAGGGAAAACA